AGGCGCUGGGCGGACAGCCAGUCCUAGUGUCGCGCUGCUCCUGUUUGGGUGGUGAUGGCGCCUCUCCUGACCUUCGUCCUCGUCGGGCUGCUCUCUCUCUCCGGCCUGCAUGCCGUCCAGUAUACUCCAAAAAUUCAGGUUUACUCACGUCACCCAGCAGAGAAUGGAAAGCCAAAUUUCCUGAACUGCUACGUGUCAGGGUUCCACCCACCAGAAAUUGAAAUUGAAUUGCUGAAGAAUGGAGAGAAGAUGAAGGCAGAACAGUCAGACCUGUCUUUCAGCAAGGACUGGACUUUCUAUCUUCUGGUCCACACUGAAUUCACUCCCAAUGGACAGGAUGAAUUUAGCUGCCGUGUGAAGCAUGUUACUCUCAGUGAGCCCCAGAUCGUUAAGUGGGAGCGAGACAACUAACCAACAUCAUGGAGGUUUGAAGACGGUGCAUUUAGAUUGAACAAAUACUAUGUUCUUUUUAAUCCUGAUAUGCUUUUAUGCUUUUUGAAUACAAAUCAUAAAGUUAUAUUGAUGAUGAUACAAAUACAAUCUACAUGCUAAUUCUACAUUGGUCAUUGUGUCGCUAUAUUUGACCUGUCUGGGCAGGUAGCUGUAGUUGUGGGGCUGGAAGCUUAGAGGUGGGGAGGGGAGAAUUCUCUUGUUCACCAUCAAUAUCUUGGUCAGAUCUGAACUGUUCAGUCUAUUCACACAAAACUGGAUAAGAAGAUAGUUAUGCAUGUUUAGAGUUAAUUUCCAAUUUGCAUACUUUGUUUAGAAUUUGGGGGAAAUUUUUGAAAUUUGAAAUUUUGAAAUUUGAAAAUUGAAAGAUAAUUGUCAAAUUAUUGGAAAUUUGUUAUAGUGGGUAAGACACUGUCAUAUAAAAUUCAUAUUCAUCUCUUACAUCAGACACAUUGUUGCACAUAAUUUGACUUAUGUUAAUUGUGUUUCAAUAAAAACAAUGGUAAAACUUGA